GCAUAUAAUAGCUGGACCAAAUGUCCGUAGAGUCAGUACGCAUUUUCUAUGCGACGAUAGAUGUCCUCAACGAAUAAUCUGCGUGACAGCAAAGCAUAGCUAUAUAGUCCUUGAAUACUGUAUCGCGUAGCGGAAACCGUUCCAACUGUUCUCAGAGUUUAGUUUGGCAUCGCAGAUGUGGAUAUAAGUAGUCAAGUUUUUAUCAGCGGAUUUUAAACAUGUACUCCCUGCGGUUGGUCAAUCGGGUCUGCCAGGCUCAACGCGGUAGAUUAAUUGCCACUUAUCCAACUUUACGAGACUCUAAGUCGACUAGCGCAGCUACGACAAAUUCAGAAUCUACCACCAACGCUACUAAGAAUUCUACGCCGAAAGAAACUCCUAUUGAUUCAAAUGUCUUUGGUACAAGAUGGGUAACGCCGACAAAACGUGAUAGGAGAAUGCUUGUGUGGUUAAAGUACUACAAAAGCGUUGACGAAGUACCUGAGAAAAUGACGUAUGAAAAGUUGGACAAAGCCCAAAACAAAUUCAGGAUAAAAGCUUGCACGUACAUGAUGAUCGCUACGCUCAUUGGUUGCUAUAUCUCUGUGUACUGGGGAAAAAUGAAGGCUGAACGAGGGGAGUCUGUCGAACAGUGGAACAUUGACUGGCACAACAGAAUGAAUGCCGAAUAUCAGGAAAGUCUAAAGAAGGAGGCACUUGCAGAAGAUAAGAAAUAACCAUUGCUUGUAUCAAUUAAGUAGAUUAUUCAAUGUUAUUUAUAUCACUGUGCAAAGCAAUUGGCGUUUUUUCUCCUUCUUUCUAAUAUUGGAGAUGAAUUAUUUUUUUUUUUCUGUAAAAUAUACAACUAUAUUUUUUUAUGCAUUAUCCCACGUGGAAUUUGAAUUUUUCUGCAGAGUGGAACUGUUUCUGAUUUUACUGAAAAGGAAAAAGUGUCAUGUCAUGUUUAUUAAAUUGUAGCAAGUUAUUUAGAAAUUAUAUUGAUGAAAAAUUUGUGUUCGUCAUAGUAGAAAUCUAUAAGUGGAAUUUAGAGUGUUUGAUUAUUAUAAUUUACAAUUGUUAACCAAGGUUGACAAUUAGCUAUUGCUCACGUUUUAAGAUGAGCGUACAUUAUUUGUGAUGAUUAGAUCAUUUUAAACCAAGCUUCCUAGUUUGGUCGAAAAAUUUUCAUGUUAUAUGUUUGGGUAUCCUGUACAAAUUAUAGUAUUAAAUAAGUUUGUUGAUCUCUGAUCAUUGUUAAAAGAAUUCUACCUUUAUAAUAUGCUUGUACAGAAAAUCUACAUUUUGAAUUAGAAUAAACAAUAACGAAAAUA